UUAUAUAAUAUUUUUUUUAAUUUCAAUAAUAAAAAUUACAAAAUAAAGAGAUUAAAAUGAGAUACGAGGUUCUAUUUGGGAGUCUGGGACCGGACCACUCUCAUAGUUAUUCCUAUAUAUACACACACACAGCGUACACACUCCCUCACACGAAAUGGAGGGCAAGAGCUUCCUCCGCCGUCUCUUCCUCAUCUCCGCCGUCGCCUCCGUCGUCCUCCUAACCAUCAUUACCCUCCCGCCGCUCCCCACCAAACCCGACCUCCACGAGUGUGCCACCAACUCCGUGUGGUGCACCGCCAAGAACCGCUUCCUCCGGCACCCAGCCGACGCGGCGGCGGUCGGAAACGACCACAGCGGCGAUGUCCCCCACCACCCCCUGGACCCGCUGACCGUCCAGGAAAUGAACCGGGCCCACAAGUCCAUCAAGUCCUUCUUCGCCGGGAAGGUCUACGGCGUGCACUCGCUGGUCCUCGAGGAGGCCGACAAGGAGGUCGUGCUGAGGUGGCGGAAGCCUGAUCCCCUGCCGCCGCGGAAGGCGUCCGUGAUCGCACGCGCCGCCGGGAAGAACUACAUCCUGACGGUGGACUUGGAGAGCAGCGAGGUGAGCCAGCACGACGCCACCCAAAUCUCCGGUUACCCGAUGGUGACGCUGGAGGAUAUGCAGAGCAUGAUUUAUGCGCCGCUUGCCAACGCCGAUUUUAACCGUACGAUUCUAGCCAGAGGCGUCGAUCUCGCCGAUGUCACUUGCUUGCCCUUUUCCCCUGGGUGGUAUGGUGAGGCUGAGGAUGGAAGGAGAUUGGUAAAACUAGAAUGCUUCUCAAUGAAGGACACUGCAAACUUCUACAUGAGGCCUAUCGAAGGUGUGAUCGUUGUGACUGAUUUGGACACGAAGCAAGUGGUGGAGAUCGUCGACAAAGGAAAACACAUCCCUAUCCCCAAAGCAGCCGGCACGGACUACCGGUUAAACGUGGCCAACGGGCCGAUCAUCAAGCUCCCCAACCCCAUCUCCAUGGAGCAGCCCAACGGCCCCAACUUCGUCAUAGAGGACGAGCAUCUCGUGAAGUGGGCCAACUGGGAGUUCCACUUGAAGCCCGACCCUAGAGCCGGGGUGGUGAUAUCACGGGCCAGGACCCGUGAUCUGGAUACGGGGGUCAUGAGGGAUGUGAUGUACCAAGGGUUUGCGUCCGAGCUCUUCGUGCCCUACAUGGACCCUGAGGAGGCAUGGUACUUCAAGACUUACAUGGAUGCGGGCGAAUACGGGUUCGGGCUUCAGGCCCUGGCCCUCGAGCCCUUGAACGACUGUCCCAGGAAUGCUAAGUAUAUGGAUGCAGUUUUCGCAGCCUCCGAUGGCACGCCUUAUGUUAGAUCAAACAUGAUUUGCCUAUUCGAGCGAUAUGCAGGGGAUGCUGCCUGGAGACAUACUGAGAACCCCAUUACUGGCGAAAUGAUUCGGGAGGCUAGGCCAAAAAUUUCACUUGUUGCGAGAAUGGUGGCAUCCCUGGCCAAUUAUGACUAUAUUGUGGACUGGGAGUUCCAUGCUGAUGGACUAAUCAAUGUCAAGGUGUCACUGACCGGCAUAGUGAUCGUGAAAGGAACUAGUUAUGCAAACAUGAACCAAGUGAACGAAGACAAAGCCGAGCUCUACGGCACCCUCCUAUCCGACAACAUCGUCGGCGUCGUCCACGACCACUUCAUCAAUUUCUACCUGGACAUGGACAUCGACGGCCCCGACAACUCCUUCCUCAACGUCCAUCUCCAACGCCACUACACCGACGGCAACUCUCCCAGGAAGAGCUUCAUGAAGGUCAACAAAACCGUCGCCAAGACGGAGAAGGACGCGCAGAUCAAGCUCAAGCUCACCGACCCCUCCGAGUUCCACGUCAUCAACCCCAGCAAGAGGUCCAGGGUCGGCAACCCCGCCGGGUACAAGGUGGUGGCCGCGGGCACGGCCGCCAGCUUGCUCGACCCGGAGGAUGCUCCUCAGAGGAGAAACGCAUUCACAAACAACCAGAUUUGGGUGACGCCUUACAACAAGAGCGAGCGGUGGGCGGGGGGGCUGUUCGCCUACCAGAGCCACGGCGACGACACCCUUCAAGUCUGGUCCGACAGGGACCGGGACAUUGAGAACAAGGACAUUGUGUUGUGGUACACAUUGGGAUUCCAUCAUGUUCCUUGCCAGGAGGAUUAUCCGAUCAUGCCUACCGUGACGUCGGGCUUCGACCUGAAGCCGGUGAACUUCUUCUCGAGGAAUCCGGUGCUGAGAGUCGCUCCCUACGUCGAGAGAGAGCUGCCAGUUUGCAAAGCUGCUGCUUCAGCUUGAGAAUCUGCACCAUGAAUUUGUUUCCAUCUGGAGAUGCAAUAGUAGGGAUCGGAGAGUGUCAGAAUUCAAUAUGCAUGACAUGGAAUUUGUAUUUCGACUAGUUUGAGAUCAUUACUGAAUUGUAUGUGCUUUGAGCCUUUGAUUACAAACAAAUUCUAAAAAAACCUCAACCUUGAAAGUCCAAAA